UACAUCAACGGUUCACGAUAAAAGAUAGUUGUUAUUUGUUAAUAGUUUCAUGUACACUACGACGUUACAUUAAGCUGGGCCGCUUGCUUCGGCCGGCUCAACCUGAACUUACAAAAACAGCAAGGGUAGUUGUAAAGCACCAGGAGUCUAAAAACUCGCUUCUGUGGGUUGCCGACUUUAUUGAAAAAGCAUUGACCUUCUAAUUCCCAAAAGCACCCCUGAUCAAGCCCCAAUAUCUCCCCACAACUGAAUCUCUUCACGCCAAAAUCCCGGGCCAUCUGCCUCGAACCAACUCGUAUUCACAGGUCUUUGAGAUUUUUCUUUGACGCGUGUUAUUUGAAUUUCUUUCUCUAAUGGGAGAAGCCAAGUCCAGGAAAAGGUGGAAGAGAUGCUAAAGAACGGUUUAAAAAUCACCAUGCAAUUUUCGCGAAGGGUAUCGGAUCUUGAUUGGCGGCUUCUACUCCUCAUAAUCCCUCCGCUCUUUCUCUUCUUGUUCGUUUCGCUCUCCGCCAACCCUAGGAAUCCUUUGUCCUCUUUUGCCCCUCUCCGAUCUUUCAUUCUCAGCCAUACAUUCCAGCUACCGGGGAACACGACGUUCAACACCUCCGCCUCGCCGCCGGCGACUCCGAGUCGGGCGGUGAAGAAUCCGAGCGAUUCGGCGGUGAAUCGGUGGAGGAAGAGGAAGGAUGAGUUGAACCGGUCCAGAAUGGCGGUGUGUCUGGUCGGCGGGGCCCGGCGGUUCGAGCUCUCCGGACCCUCGAUAGUUGAUAAGAUUCUCAAGGAGUAUCCGAAUUCCGAUCUUUUCUUGCACAGCCCGCUCGAUCAGAACUCGUUCAAAUUCUCCCUCCUGAAGAGCGCGCCCAGGCUCGCCUCCGUUCGAAUCUUCGAGCCCAAACCCUUACCGUACACCGAGUCGCAGCUCCGCGUUCUCACGGCGGCGAACUCGCCCAACGGCAUCCAGGGACUCUUGCAAUACUUCAACCUCGUCGAGGGAUGCCUGACCAUGAUCAAAGCGCACCAAGAGCAAAAGAACUUCACGUACGACUGGAUAGUACGGACCCGAGUGGACGGGUACUGGAACGCUCCGCUCCACCCGAGAAACUUCGUACCAGGCAAGUACCUGGUUCCGCCCGGAUCCACCUACGGCGGGCUUAACGACCGGCUCGGCGUCGGCGACCUCAACACCUCCACAGUGGCUCUCUCGCGGCUCUCCCUCAUCCCCGAGCUCGACUCGGCCGGGUUCCAGCAACUCAACUCGGAGACCUCGUUCAGAGCCCAACUCACCACCCGGGGCGUCCCCUACCUCACCAAGCGCCUCCCUUUCUGUGUCGUCACGGACCGCAGGUACUCUUUCCCGCCGAACAAUUUUGGUGUUCCAGUGGCCGCGCUUUCGAGCCCGGGCCCACUGAGCGGGGCCAAGUGCAGGCCUUGUACGCCGGUGUGUGAAGGUUCUUGCGUGGCGAGCGUGAUGUCGUCCCUGAACCGAUGGUGGAGCUGGACGGAUUGGGGGAACGGGACGCUUCGGCUAUGUGAUGCUCACGGGGAGUGGGAGAGUGGGUGGGAGAGAAUCUUUGACAGAAUCGCUGGGAAGAAUUUCGCCAGGGCGAGAAAGCGAGUUAGGGAUCUGUCACUUGAGCAGUGUGUAGAAGAUUUCAAUGAAAUGAAGAGGAGGAUGACCGGGAAAUGGGAGUCUCCGCAGCCGGAGGAGAUUUGUAGGCUUGGGGGGUUGGCUUGAGUUGUUUGGACGGUUAUAUUGUAAAAAGAGAGGAGCUAGGAGGGUAUUUUUGGAUGUGUCGGAAUUUAUGUAAACACACAUAUAUAUAAAUAAAUACUUUAUGAAAUUUUAUUGAAUUUUUAAUAUUAGUUUCUUCUUCCGCUUCACGUAGCCGGUAGCCAUUCUUGCUGAGAAGUGGAAUGCUGA